UUUCGAAGAGCAGUCUGAAUGUUGUGAACGACGUAGCAGCUAUUCUUAUGAAAGUGCUCAUGUAUACCGAAACUUGUAUAUCUCAAUGAUGAGGUUGUAGUCUUUUUAAACUCAGAAUUUAAAAGUCAGCCGUUAUUCUAAACUGGAAGACGACAUGCAGCAUGGUUCGACCUCGCGGUGUCAACGUUUGUCGGCGUCGAAGCACACCGAUUCCGGGAAGAUACUACGAGUUCGCACGAAGAAUAAUAAGGUUAGUCAGCACAUGGACUUGAAUCACAAGCAAGCCUGCAUCGACCUGGAGAAGGCCACCCAAGUCAUCACACAAGCAUUACAGCAUGAGGUAGGUCAGAAUCUGGAGCUCCGGAUUAUGAUUCGUCGUCUGGAGGAGAAGGAGGCGGAGACUGGGCGGAGCCUAACAGAGCAGGUGGAGUCAAACAAGCAGCUGAAGCUGAAGAUUAAUGAACUGCAGAAACACCUGGAGGAGAAGGACCACUCACUGACACAGGCCAACCAGACUGUGACUUUCCUGAAGAGUGAGCUAAGGGACCUGAAUCUGAAACAAGAUCUGCAAAGCCAACCAUGUACAAGGACAGUGCAGGAUGGGAACAAGAGGCCAGGGGGUGGAGAACGCCAGAUCAGGGUCGUUUUGCAUAAAAUCAAGAGUCCCAGCUCUCCUCUCCAACCAGAGCAGCUGACGGCAGAUGAUAAGUCGCUGGUCUCAGAACAGCUGAUAUCUGAAGGCCAAACUCCGCUGAUGUCGCCUCACGGUCCGACCCCUCUGGAGGCUCCUGUCUCGGCGAUUAAAGAAGAACGUGAUGAGGGAGCUGACCCCAGAUUGGAGUGCACUGCAGCUGAAGGAACGGACAUUAAAAUUGAAAAGGUUGAGUCUCUGCUGGUUUCGUCUGACGGUCAGAGGCUGCUGGAGGCUCCAGUCUCUGAAGAUGAUGAUGAUGAUGAAGAUGAUGAUGGUGGUGAUGAUGAAGAGUACAGUCCUUCAGGAAAAGGGUCGUCUCCUUCCCCCUCAAAUUCACACACACAAACGAAGAAAAGAAGACACUACUACUGCUCUCAGUGUAACAAAAGCUUCCGACUUUCGUCUGCGUUGCAGAAGCACCAGAAAACACACAAAGAGAAAAGCCCGUCGUGCUACUGUCCUCCAUGUGGCAAGAGCUUCACUUCCAACAAGUGUCUCCAAGAUCACCAACUUGCUGUUCACUCUAGAAAGAAACCAGACCAGUUCCCUCGACCUCUUGAGGAUCACAAACGCUUUCACACAGGAAAGGGGCCACACUGCUGUGCGCAGUGUGGCAGGAGCUUCACUCAAAGGGCAAGCCUUAGACGACACCAGCGCAAUCACCCCGAGGAGAAACCGCGUCAGUGCACUCAGUGUGGGAAGACGUUCAGUCGCCCGUCACGUCUCAAACGGCACCAACUCACUCACACAACAGAGAGACCAUACCAAUGCACUCAAUGUGAUAAGACUUUUAAAGAUGCGGACUAUUUAAACCUACAUCAGCUGUGUCACAUAGGAGAAAAGCCUUACCGAUGCGAUCAAUGUGGUAAGGGUUUUGUUCGAAAGGGAUCUUUCAAAAUACAUCAGCGCAUUCACACAGGCGAGAGGCCAUAUCAAUGUACACAAUGUGGUAAGAGCUACAUUCAAAAGGAACACCUUAAACUGCACCAGCUCAAUCAUACAGGAGAGAGACCAUACCGCUGCACUCGGUGCGGAAAGACUUUCAAUAAUGGGGAGACUUUCAGACGACAUAAACUCACUCACACCACAGUGAAACCCUUCCAGUGCACUCAGUGUGGGAAGAGCUUUAUUCGAAGGGGAGCUCUCAAUGCACAUCAGCGCAUUCACACAUGAGAGACAUCGUCACAGUGUACCUAAUGUGGGAAGGGUUUCUGUCAAACCAAUAAUCUGAAAGUACUGUACAUCAGUACAUUCACACAGGAGAAAAGUAUAUUUUUGAGGCAAUAGUUUCACUCCAGAGGUCAAACUCACACAACACCAGUGCAACUCCCACAACGUGGUGUGCUUUGAAGUUACCCUCCACCCCACCGGGUGGCAGUAGUCUGUGUAGAGUGUCUAAGGUCUACAGCAUCAUUCUAAUGCUGUGUUCCAUCUACUCUCCCUAUUUAUUUCAUAGGAGAAGAUCAGAAGUUGUUUUCUUGGUAAAGGGAGGCUUAGCAAGGUGUUAAUACAGGUGUGCAGAUAUUUGUGAUGCAUAUAUUUUUCCUUUUUUUUAGAAAAAGGCAUGUCUGUAUUCUUUAUAAUGUUUUUUUGUUUCUCAGAAUAAAUGUUCCUAUCCUGCCAG